UUCAUUCCUCUUCUCAUUCCGAGCAUUCUUCGCAUCUCUGUCAGUGCGCGAAGCGAUUCACCUACACCUUCCUGGCUGGCUCAGAAACACCAGAAUAACUUGACAUAGUAUUAAAAAUACCCAGUAACAUCACAUUACCAAAAGAAAGGGACAUUUUUAUAUGAGAUAUCAAUAACGAGUUGGCUCUGCCGGGAGUUGUUGGAGAUUUCACCGGAGCAUUUUCGGACCACCUCGAAGAAAACGCUGGAGAGACUUGUUGCUUCAACACGUUUGACGGUGCUUUUUUUUAAAUCGUCAUCGAAGUUUUGUGUCUCUCCCUAGUCUGCUCCAGGCUUAAGCUUGGAGAGCCCAACCGCCACGAUUGAUCCCAGCAGCUGGAGCGGCAGUGAGAGCCCUGCCGAGGAUCUGGAGAGGAUGAGCGACUCGGCAGACAAGCCCGUAGACAAUGAUGCCGAGGGGGUGUGGAGCCCUGACAUUGAACAGAGCUUCCAGGAGGCCCUGGCUAUCUAUCCUCCUUGUGGACGCAGGAAGAUCAUCCUUUCUGAUGAGGGAAAGAUGUACGGUCGAAAUGAGCUGAUAGCUAGAUACAUCAAGCUUCGGACCGGGAAGACGAGGACUCGUAAGCAGGUGUCUAGUCACAUACAGGUCUUAGCAAGAAAGAAAGUUCGAGAAAUCCAAGCUGCCAUUAAGGUACGUCUGGCUUUGCCCAGUUGUAGGGGGCUUUUCAUUGCCAUGGUUACAGGCUCUUCCUUUGUUUUCCUCCCCUCCCCUACCCCGCAGGUGUCUAGUCACAUUCAGGUUCUUGCCAGAAGGAAAUCUCGUGAGUUUCAUUCCAAGCUAAAGGUUACAAGCAUGGACCAAGCCGUGAAGGACAAAGCCCUCCAGAGCAUGGCCUCCAUGUCCUCGGCUCAGAUCGUCUCUGCCACGGCUAUUCACAACAAGCUCGGCCUGCCAGGCAUCCCGCGCCCAGCCUUCCCUGGAGCAGGGUUAUGGCAGGGUAUGAUAUCGGCCGGUCAGCCAGGAUCAUCACAAGAUAUUAAGCCUUUCACCCAGCAAGCCUAUCCCACCCAGCCAACAGUCACAACAGCCAUCUCAAGUUACGAGCCCACAGCAGCUCCAGCGCCCACAGCACCAGCAUGGCAGGGCCGCUCCAUUGGUACAUCUAAACUCCGACUGGUGGAGUUCUCCGCCUUCCUCGAGCAACAGAGGGACCCAGACUCAUACAACAAGCACCUAUUUGUACAUAUCGGGCAGACGAAUCAUUCCUACAGUGACGCCCUGCUGGAGUCGGUGGACAUUCGUCAGAUUUAUGAUAAAUUUCCAGAAAAGAAAGGAGGACUGAAGGAGCUGUACGGAAAAGGUCCCCAGAAUUCCUUCUUCCUUAUAAAAUUCUGGGCUGACUUGAACUGCAACAUUCAAGAUGAUACUGGAUCUUUCUAUGGAGUCACUAGUCAGUAUGAGAGCUCGGAGAACAUGACCAUUACAUGUUCAACAAAGGUCUGCUCCUUUGGCAAACAGGUGGUCGAGAAAGUUGAGACUGAAUAUGCACGAUUUGAGAAUGGACGCUUUGUCUACCGAAUAAGCCGGUCUCCCAUGUGUGAAUACAUGAUCAACUUCAUCCAUAAGCUAAAACAUCUACCAGAGAAAUAUAUGAUGAACAGUGUGCUGGAGAACUUCACUAUCUUAUUGGUGGUGACGAAUAGAGAUACCCAGGAGACGCUGCUAUGUAUGGCGUGUGUGUUUGAGGUUUCAAACAGCGAGCACGGCGCCCAGCAUCAUAUCUACAGACUGGUCAAGGAAUGAGAGCUUCCCCUCAACCCCUUUCUUUUCAUAGACUUACCAACCUCAAAACAAGUGGCAGUGCCUCUACCUGAAAGUCACACCUACAAUGCUUUUUGGUCAUGGUAUCGGGUGAAGUCAGUUGUUUUAAAUUUGUUUUGAUAUAAGUGUUUGUUAUUUGACUGCAGCUGUGAAUUGCGGUACAGUUGUUUUAUGUUUAAAUACGGGAAUUACGCGUUUAAAAGAUGUUGAGUUGGUCUCUGUUGAGUAUAAAUGUGGCCGUUCUUAAAGAAUUUACUAGAUUCAUUUGGUAAAUGGAAAUAUGUGUGUUGUCUUCUUCUGCUUUGUUACGUAGACUAAAGGAAAAAAAAACAACAAAAAAAAAACAGAUGCUGGCCUUUUCUACCAGCAACCUGAUGUGGUCUUUGUAAUAUGUUUGAGUGUGUUUUUAUAUGUCUGUAGUUCAUAAUUUAUGAGCAUACAUACUGUAGAUAUACAGACAUGCACCCACAGUCAAUAGAUUUUCCAAAGAAACAAUACUAACACAACACUACAUAUAUAGUAGCUGAAAGCAAGUGGUUGUGAAUAUUGCAAAAUUACAGUUAUAUUAAAAAAAAAAAAAAAAAUCAGCUUUCAGAAGUAUAUUUAUCCCCGUUGAAGCACUCCAAGUCUUAGACACUAAGAGCAGAAUGAAUGCACUGUGAAAAUACUACAAAUGUUUUGCCUGCGUCUGCUCCAUAAAUGUAGAGAAGUCUUACCACCUGCUAAACAUUUCUGUGCUGCAAACGAGUCUUUCCUCUGUGACAACUGAUAAGAGAAUUUUUAGGUUUUAGACAGGUGAAAGUACUGCUAAAAAUUACACUAACCGGACUCUCAUCUUGUCCAAAAGCACUUUGUUCCCCUUCCUGGACUUGCCUUAGUAAUGUUUUUUUUUUUUUUUUUUUUUUUUGUUAGAGCUGUGGUUUUAGAACAGGUUAAAUAUCAUGACACUAUAAAUCACUUGUAGACAGCAGGCUUUGUUCAAUAUGCUGUGGCUUUGCCCCUUGAAAGACUCAGAAUAUCUUUUCCCCUCUGGGAUCACGGUGUAAUAACUCCAAGCCAGAGAGUUGCUGCCUUCAUGUUCACACUAUGUUCACAUGUUUCUGUGGCCUACACCGAUCCUGAGCCUUAAACAUGUUAUACCUGUGUGUGAACUCCAAAAGAUGCCACUAAAACUGUGAUCUCUACGUGGGAAUACUCUUCAUACGUUUGCAUUGUGUAAGAAAUUCACAAUACAAUCUGCCAAAGUGUAAGUGUACAGUGCCUUAGAAUAUAUUCUGAUAUUACCAUUUGUUUUGUUUUAAGUCUAAAAAUCAGUUAAGUGGAUGAGACGGGCAAAAAUGUCUCACUGCUUGUACUUGGUACAUUUCCACAUCUGAGAGAUUGUUUCUUAUAAUUGGUACAGUCCUAAAAAUACAGUUUUUGUUGGUUUUUUAGAGGCAGCAUACUAAUGUUAAAUUACGUUUGCAAAAUUAAGGUUAAAAACGGUCAUAAUACAGGUUAUAUUUUUCUCUAACUGUAAUAUGUUCCUCAAAUGUCAGCCUUUUUCUGAGAGUGUACUACAAACACAGACCGACUGCCUUUCCUGUUGUAAAAGACCAAAAAUACAGAGAUACAGUCAAUCUUUUGUCAUGUCCUGCAUGGUAGCAAGGAAGUGCCUUUGGUUUAAAUUUUUUCCAGCUUCAAAAAGAUCAAACACAAACUAAAAAUUAAAUGUUGCUAGACCAAAAAUGAGACAUAAGUGAAACCAAUCACCACAUUGCCUUUUCAAAGGAUUAUAAUGACAGCAGGGGAAAGCUGGUUACUGGUAAAAUAAAUAAAUGGUAUAAUCAUUUUUAUUACAUUGUAAAUUGAUUUCACAAAUGAUGUAUUUGAAGAAAACCUAUUUCUUUGCUUGAGGUCAAAGACUGAAAAACCUGCUGAUAACAUACAGCCGCUGACUGCAUGCAGGAUGUCAACUCCAAAAACACUGCAGCUGUCUGCUUCUUGCACACUUGCAGGUUCAAGUGUUUUGUUUUGUUUUUUUUGUUUUUUUUAAAAAAGAAACAUUGGGGUUUCCUCUUUCCCGCGACCACGUGCUCGCACGAUGUGAAAACCACAGAAAACAUCAGACUCUCUCAAUGUUACCUUUGACGAUGCAGACACAGCUGUGAUGUCGACGAGGCAGGGACCAACACGAGCUUUUAUCAUUUAUUAUCUCUCUCAAUGAAAAGUGAAAGUUUAUUUAACAGUAAGUCUACAGAACAAUUUGGAACUGUUUAAAUGUGGCUAAAGCUGAAAUUGUUUCCAAAACCUGUUUGAGAUGCUGUUUCAGAAACUAAUUUUUCACAACUGCCAGUGUGGACGAGGCCGUCGAGGUUAAUAUACUUUUCACCGUAAGGACCAUAGAUGCUCAGACAUUUACUGUUUCUUAAAAAAAUAAAAAGUUACAAUCAUCUAAAGUAUUUUAAUAGAAGAAGCUCUAAAUAAUUGCAGACAAUGUCUCUGGUGGACGCAGAUAAAGUUCAAUCAUUCAGUAUUUUUGCCACAGUCCUGUGGACACUGUGGGGUUUUAAUAGGCUUUUUUAUGUUUACCCUGUGUAUCCGUUCACAUUUAUUGAUUACUUAGUGAGAUGUUCCUGUUUUCUUAUUGUACUUGUAUACAGUUGUACUUGGUUUUGUGAUGACAUUGUCUGUAUAUUGCAAGCCCAAUAAGAUGGUAAUGAUGUUACUGCUGCACUGCUGGUACAUUUUAACAUGUCGUUUCAACACUUAAAAAAAAACAGCAGGGCUGAUGCCUUCAAUGGCAUGAAUGUCUGGUGGACCAUUUGAAGAGAAAAUGGACACACACACACACACGCACGCGCGCACAGAAAAAUCAGCUAAGUCAAGGAAUCAUGCUACAAACAUAUCAGCAGUUUAGCUCUUGUUAUUUGUAAUUCUGUUGAAGAGUAGGUACUGGUACCUUUUUGUUUUAUGACCAUUUUCAGAUGGUGGCUUUAAAAAUGAUUCUUCACAUAGCUCACAUAUAGUUGUUAUACACACAUUUGGGUUUUGUGUGCAGAUGUUUUUUUUGUUUGUUUGGUUUUUUUUUUUGUAAAAAGGUGCUUUGUACAAAAUUAUCUUAGCUUUUCUUGGUACAGAUGUGUGAUAUAUUUCCAUAUCCAUGACAGUAAAGUGUUGGAGCAAAGGAGAGAAAAGAAGCUUUGCUAUGUUUCUGUGUUCUGCGUAUGGUCGUGUCUUUGCUCCGUAACAUUAUGAUGCCUUCUUGAUAAUAGUAGUUAUUUUGUAGCUUUCUAGAUACUUUGUAUGUAUGCAAUAUUGAAGUUAAAUAAAUCUGAAAAAUAUUC